CGCGCCUGCUCCGGCGCCGCUGCUCCGGGAGGAGGGCUGGGACCCGCCUCCAGCUGUGCACGCGGGAGGAGGGGAACCCCACGGAGGAGGGUGAUGGUCACGUGACCGCGGGCGUCCAGGACACUUGCCCCCAGAAGGAAAGAAAAAACAGUGGCUGGAGGGGAGAAAUGGCUGUGUACAGAGCAAGCUCUUCUCAUUCUUUUCCAAGGAUGAGACUUGAACAUGACUGUGGGCUCAGAGGAAGGAUCCAGUUGAAAAGGCUGCCGGAGGAGGCUGCGAGAGGAAGUCUGACCCGCCAAGCCCAUCUGGAAGUGGUUUCAGGGGCCACAUCACUCAGCCAGCCCAACGCCUAGAUUCCCAGCUGCCUGGAACAGGGGUGGAAGAAACCCGAGCUGCUCCAGAGUCUGCACAAGCAAGGGAGGUGCAGUGGGGGAGGAAGACUGUCUUGGAAACGGAAUAUUGGCCUUGAGGCUCUCCGGCCCUUUGAGAUUUCCAGUGGGAUCGUAGAAGCAGCUGAAGCAGCGUGAAGGGCAUCAUCCCAGGGCCAGCCACCAUUUGAAUGCUCUGCCCUGCAGCUCUUCUGGACGAAGGAGCCCUGCCCUCACCACCCACCAGGUCACAGUUUUUAUGCACAUGAACACACAUGGCUUUGUUACGAAAAAUUAACCAGGUGUUGCUGUUCCUUUUGAUUGUGACCAUCUGUGGGAUUCUGUAUAAGAAAGUUCAUAGGGGGACUGUGCUCAGGAAUGAAACAGAUGAUGACUCUGAGACUCCUGAGGAUAUGGAAGAUGAGAUUCCGGUGGUGAUUUGUGCAGCAGCAGGGAGGAUGGGUGCGGCUAUGGCUGCCAUCAACAGCAUCUACAGCAACACUGAUGCCAACAUUUUGUUCUAUGUAGUUGGACUCCGGAACACUCUGUCCAGAAUACGAAAAUGGAUCGAACAUUCUAAACUGAGAGAAAUAAACUUUAAAAUCGUGGAAUUCAACCCUAUGGUCCUCAAAGGAAAGAUCAGACCAGACUCCGCGAGGCCUGAACUGCUCCAGCCUCUGAACUUUGUUCGAUUUUAUCUCCCUCUGCUUAUCCAUCAACACGAGAAAGUCAUCUAUUUGGAUGAUGAUGUAAUCGUACAAGGGGACAUCCAAGAGCUGUACGACACCACCUUGGCCCUGGGCCACGCGGCAGCUUUCUCAGAUGACUGCGAUUUGCCCUCCUCCCAGGACAUACACAGACUUGUGGGGCUGCAGAACACGUAUAUGGGCUAUCUGGACUACCGGAAGAAGACGAUAAAAGACCUUGGCAUCAGCCCCAGCACUUGCUCUUUCAAUCCUGGUGUGAUUGUUGCCAACAUGACGGAAUGGAAGCACCAGCGUAUCACCAAACAAUUGGAGAAAUGGAUGCAAAAAAAUGUAGAGGAAAAUCUCUACAGCAGCUCCCUGGGAGGAGGGGUGGCCACCUCCCCAAUGCUGAUUGUGUUUCACGGGAAAUACUCCACCAUCAACCCCCUGUGGCACAUAAGGCACCUGGACAUUUGGGGAUUGAUUAUUUUAGAACUGGAGACAGUGGAUUGUGGACUUAUAUUUACCAGGUGCCCAUACACUGCCAAGCCCUGGGCUAGGCUCCAGGGAUAGACGUGAACGUUACUUCUCUCAGAACGAUCCUGCAAGGUGAUAUGGCCCCUACUCUCCCUUGUAAAAGGAAAGACAGACAAAACUGUGGAAGUUGGGUUACUGUCUCCUCUGAAUGAUGCUGUGUAGGUUUGUUUCUGCCUCACCAGAAUCUCCCGAGUUUUCUGAGCAUCCGUAUGCAUAGAAGGGUGACACGGGGACAUUAAGGACACUAAUAUUCUGUCUGAUUCGCUUUAUAAUAAUGUUGGGUUCCCUGUUAGGUCAAACAUCAACAUUUCCAUGUGAUGAGUGUGUAGAAAAUCUCAUCAAAGUGGAAUAUAUAUUAAAAUGUUGUGUAGGAACAGCUAUGCGGAGCUUAGAUUGAUAGGGUUAGAGCAUUUUAUGAUCUUGGAACAGAGACUCAGAAUUACAUUUUAUGAACCAUCUAACUUAUUGACAAGUAGGAAGGAGCAGAAUCUUCCCAAGGGAGAGAAGUCAUUUUUCCUUGUAGAACAGAGCCUACGUCUCUGCUGAAUGUUUUGGAAUCAGGGAUGGUCUGCAAAGUAAAGCUACACAGAAAUCAUUUGAAAAAUGAUUCCGUUUUAGAGUUUGUUGAAAGCAGAAAGCAGUGUAACACGAAUGGGUAUUAAGUUUGGGUCUAAACAGGUAGGCUUAAGAUUUUUUAAAUUUAUGAAAUUUAUUUAGCUAAAAGCAAAACUGCAAGCCCCUACAGAGUCCUUCAGUCGUGGGGCUGAGAGACAAUGUCCUACUUCCUGGAGACUUCCCACGUGAAGGCUUGGCUCCCCAGAUGAGCAUUUCCUUGUAUAGAUUCUUUGGAAGUUGAUAAUUAUUCCAAUUAUGCUACUAUAGCCCAAACACCUAGCUCCUCUUCUGCAACUCCCUGCACAGCUAUGUUUAUGAAUAAUGAAAGAAAGGUUUGGAGGGGGGUGUUUCCCUCUUACAUCAUACGUUAAACGAGAAUAAUAAUAUUCUAGCUAUUCAUCCUCUCUUGACUCAAUGGACUUUCAGUUGUUUUUUUUAAAACACCACAUUCUCUUUCCUAGAAAGAAAAUGCAACAUGAUAGGGAUAUUUAAAAAAUUUAUGUUCACAAGAUCUUAAUGUACUUCUGGAAGAGAUAUUCUAAAAAUAUUCUGAGCAAUAACAAUAUCAAGGUAAAUGCGUAGUCUCUAAGCGAUUACUUAUGAGGAGAGUAAUAUUCAAAUGGCGGCAGCUGCUCGUUAAAAAGUAGAUCUCAUUCUCAGUCACAUUUUAUAGGGUAAACACAAGACUGUUUAAAAGAAAAUGCUGCCAUAUUAAGGACGGAAAAUGCAGAGAAACAAGAACUAUAAACUCUGGGUGGGAGGGAAAUUAAUACAAAGUCUUUGGGGGACAAUUUGACAAUCUCUUAUCAAAAUUUAUAAGGCACAGACCCUUCAAUCUAGCAGUUCCAUAUACAAGAUUUUAUCCUACAGAUAUUAUCUCUACAAGAUACGCAUAGAAGACUGUUCACUGUAGCAUUGUUUAUGCUUGUGAAGGGACAGAAACAGCCUAAAUGUCCUUAAUAAGAAACUCACUCAACAGUCAUAUAUCCAUUCUGUGCAGCCAUUAAAAAUGAUUCAGUGAAUUCACAUGUGCUGCUGUGCAAAGUUUUCCAAGACAGUAAUUUUAAAAGGCAGGGUACAAAAAAUACACACACACACACACACACACAGGUAUACAGGUAGAACAUUACUGGAAGAAUUUCACGAGAAACUCUUUAACAGUGGUUAUUUUGGAAAAUUAGGGUAGGUGGUAAAUUCUUCAUUGCAUACCCAUUGAUUUGUCUGAUUUCUUUUUUGUUUUAUGAUGAACGUGUAUUGAAUUUUUAAUAUAAAAUUUUAAUUUCCUAACAAACCUAUUACUUUCCUCUAAACACAAUGAAGGCUGGAAUCCAGAUACCAGAUAUUCGGAGCAUUUUCUGCAGGAAGCAAAACUACUCCACUGGAAUGGAAGACAUAAACCUUGGGACUUCCCUAGUGUUCACAACGACUUAUGGGAGAGCUGGUUUGUUCCUGACCCUGCAGGG